AUGAUCUCAGAAAUGGAGCAAAAAAAAAGUAUUAUACAACGAGUCAGAGUUUUUGACAAUCCAUUCGCUUAUAUUUGCUCAUAUGAAAAAGUUAAAGACUACUGCUUUCACUGUCUUCGAAUUCCGGAAUCAAAAAAACUGUUCUUGUGCGGAAACUGUGAAUAUGCUCGUUACUGUGAUAAAAACUGUCAACGCCUGGGAUGGAAAUUCCACAAAAAUGAGUGCCGCCGUUUAAAAAAGGUUUUUCCUCACCUACCGCUCACUGAAGUCUUAUUUCUCAGCCGGAUCAUAGAUCGAGUAGUAUUCUUGGAACAGAAUGGAGACAAAUUCAACUGGGAAAGAGAUCGAAAGUGGUCAGAGCUUCUUGGGCAUCAAGAAGAUAUAAAAAACGAUGAGGCAAAGUAUAAACACUUCCAAAAGGUUUGUGCUAAAAUGGCUACAUUCAGAAAAGAGGAGAUGAUUAGCGAGGACCAAUUUUACGAUAUUUUUUGCAAGACAUCAAUAAACUCACAUUCUAUUCACACAAUGGCUGGCGAUGAAAUUGGUAUGGCACUUGACCUCGGUAUUUCUGCUUAUGAUCACUCCUGUCGACCAAACUGUUCCUUGGUCUUUGAUGGAUAUCACGCUUGCCUGCGACCAUUGGCCUCAGAAGUCGAUGCAUCAGAUCCACAUAAGUCUUUCAUUAGUUAUAUUGACGUCGGUCGAUCAAGGUACCAAAGAAGGAUGGAGCUGAAAGCUAAAUGGUAUUUCGACUGUGAAUGUGAACGCUGUAAUGAUCCAGCUGACGACAUACUGACAGCGAUAAGGUGCGGGAACCAAAGUUGCGAUGAACCUCUAAUUAUUCGCGAAGAUUCAGAACCACAAGCAAUAACUUGUAAAAGUUGUAAUACUGUUGUUGACAUAGAGCAUGUCAAAAAUGCGCAGAAAAUGAUGAAAAAUUUCCCAACUAAAUUUAGCCCGGAAGAAAAUGUUGCUAACUUGAAAGAAUUACUGGCUGAAGCAGUACCCAUAUUACAUCCUAAAAACAUUUACCUGACCAGGUUACAAACUGCCAUAAUGUCAAUGUGUGACACAUUGAAGGAUAAUUUACCGUUCCUGCAGAAACAAGUUUAUGAAAACUACAAAAUGUGCUUCCCGAAAGCUGACAGACAUAUUGGUUACCAACUUAUACGCCUCGUUAAGACUUAUAUCGAGAAAGGAGAUCGAGCAACGGCUUUACCCUAUGCUUAUGAGGCGAUGAACAUCUUUGAAGUCUGUUUUGGCUUGGAGCAUCCCUAUUACUUGCAAACCUUAGCCCUAUGGACAUUCUUAGAAAAUAAUGCUGACAAAACAGAUGAUGAACUUAUUGCACUGACCAACUUCACUUCUAACAGGCCUGUUGAUAUUUCAAAAAUAUUGGCUGAUCACAUUGCAAAUACUGAAUAA